AUGAACAUUCAAGAGUAUUUCACAAGAAUUUCUUACAAUGAGUCCCAUAAGGAGGCAGAUUUGCAAACCUUAACAGUCAUCUUCCAGCAUCACAUCCAGGCAAUUCCUUUUGAAAACCUCAGCAUGCAUUGCGGGGAGACCAUCGAAUUGGAUUUACAAUCUACUUACAAUAAGAUUGUGAGAAAGAAACGUGGUGGAUGGUGCCUGGAAAGCAACCACCUCUUAUUUUGGGCCUUGCAAAAAUUAGGGUAUGAAGUCUGUAUUCUUGGAGGAAAGAGUUAUGAACCAGCAGAGAGGGCAUACACUGCUGAGAUAAAUCAUAUCCUACUGAAGGUGGUGAUCAAGGGAAAUUCUUACAUAGUAGAUGCCGGUUUUGGCGGUGCCUACCAGGCAUGGCAGCCAUUGAUGUUGAUUUCUGGGAAGGAUCAACCCCAGAUCCCCGGCAUCUUCCGCUUCAUGGAAGACAACGGCACCUGGUACUUCGAGAAAGAGAAAAGGAAGCAUUACAUUCCCGAGCAAAAUGUCCCUUUCACUGAAAGUCCAGAACCGGGGAAUAUCAGAAAAAUAUAUACAUUCACUCUCGAGCCACGACAUAUAAAUGACUUUAAGGAGCUAAACACAUACCUGCAAGUGUCCCCAGAUAACAUACUUCAGAAGAAAUCAAUCUGCAGUCUCCAGACCACUGAAGGGUUUUAUGCCUUAGUUGGAUGGACCUUCACUGAGGUGAAGUAUAACUACAUGGAGGACACGGACCUGCUGCAGAUCACAACUCUUACAGACGAAGAGGUUGAGAAGACACUGAAAGACAAAUUCAAUAUAGUGUUGGAGAACAAACUGGUACCAGUAAAUAUUCGUGACUUGCCACCUAAUUUAGUGGAUACAAUCUAA